ACACCGUGGCAACCACACUCCUCCACGCAGUGUUGACGGAGCAACCCAUCGUUGAGGAUGGCUGCACCAUCACUAACUCUCAAUUCCCCUCAUCGUCUCUCCCUUCGCACCUCUUCUUACUUCUCUCUCCUCCCCACAACCGCAACCAACAAAUUCACCUUCUCUCUCCUCACCAACACUCCAAAACCCUCCCUCUUCCACUCGAGACCGAAGAGGAAAUCGCCGCCGCGUACGAGGAGCUAUAGGGUCCCGCAUACAGAUGAGUAAGCUGUUGUGGCUGUUGGUGUUGGCAAGGCCAAGGAAGCUGUUAUAGCUGCAGUUCAGAAAUCAGCUGUUAAUGCAAGGAGAAAUAUCAUCACGGUUCCAAUGACUAGGUACUCCACUUUUCCACAUAGAUCUGAUGGAGAUUAUGGAGCAGCAAAGGUGAUGCUUAGACCUGCUUCUCCCGGUACUGGAGUUAUUGCAGGUGGGGCUGUGAGAAUUGUUCUUGAAAUGGGAGGCCUUGAGAAUGCUUUGGGAAAGCAACUUGGGAGUAAUGAUGCACUCAACAACGCCAGAGCAACUAUUGUCGCUGUGCAGAAAAUGAAGCAGUUCCGUGAGGUUGCUGAGGAGCGUGGGAUCCCAAUGGAAGAAUUGUGGAAGUAAUGAAAUUUGUGAAGCCAAUGUGAUUUUUAAUACUUCAAUUUUUGUGAUAUAGAACUGGUUGUAGUUUCCUCACGGUGUUCCAUUUUUGUUUUAAAUUUUCUGGAAGGAAACAAUUUCUUCCAAAAGCUACUUGUUCAACGUGUAACACUAAAGUUGUGGAGCUUGAUUAGGCAAGGAGUCUCAUAUUGACAUUCAGAUGGAAAUCAAUUGUAAUUCUAUUUGAAUAUACCCGCACUGAAAAUAAAAAUAUUAGUUUA